CGAGACGACGACAGCUUAAAGUGCCUAAAACACCUCUCAGCUCAGAGAACAGAAAAAGUAAUAGAUAAUUCUACGCCUCUUCCUCCUACACUGUUUCUUCCACAGAUUUUCCAUCACCUACUAGUUUAGGGUUUCUUGUCGCUGUUGCUGGAACAAGACAAAAUUAGGAUGGGUUUUUAGUUCUGACCUUUAACCGCCAAUGGACGCAGGAGUUGUAUCUAGAUAACUUUCAAUGCUCAAUUGACAGAGCAUUACACUUUAAUGAGUUCUUAAAAGCCUUCAUGCGAUUAUUUCAAUUUGAGGAGAUAAGAUGGAUGAUGGUGGGCAUCGUGAAAAUGGAAGACACAAAGCAGAUCAAUAUAAAGCAGCCCAGGGGCAGUGGUUGAUGCAACCUCAGCCUUCAAUGAAACAGAUCAUGUCAAUCAUAGCUGAAAGGGAUCAAGCCAUUCAAGAACGAAAUUUGUCCCUUUCAGAUAAGAAGGCUGCUAUUGCAGAGCGAGACAUGGCAUUCCUGCAACGAGAUACGGCUAUUGCAGAGAGAAAUAAUGCGAUGAUGGAACGAGACAAUGCUAUUGCUGCUCUGCAAUAUCGAGAGAGCUCCUUGAGCAAUGGUAACAUGUCCUCUUGUCCUCCAGGAUGUCAAAUCUCGCGUGGGGUGAAACACAUGCACCACCCACAGCAGCAUCAUGUGCCUCACAUGAAUGAAGGUCCCUACAAUUCAAGGGAAAUGAACACAAGCGAUUCCCUACCAAUAACUCCAGUUGGUACCGAGGCUUCAAAAUCACGGCGGGGUAGACGACCUAAGGAAACCAAGGGAAUGCCAUCCAAUAAAAAGGCUUCAAAGCGUCCAAAGAAGGUGAAGAUGGAGAGCGAGGACUUGAAUAAGAUGAUGUUUGGCAAGUCGAAUGAGUGGAAGAAUGGGCAGGAUAUGUGUGGUGGAGGUGAUGAUCUAAACAAAGAGUUGAUGGUAUCAAAGGGCGAUUGGAAGGGCCAAGACUUGGGGUUAAAUCAGGUUGCGUUUGACGAGUCGACCAUGCCAGCACCUGUAUGCUCCUGCACUGGAGUCCUAAGGCAAUGCUACAAAUGGGGAAAUGGAGGAUGGCAAUCAGCAUGUUGCACGACCAACUUGUCAAUGUAUCCACUACCUGCAGUGCCAAACAAGCGGCAUGCCCGAGUAGGUGGGCGAAAGAUGAGUGGAAGUGCUUUCAACAAACUUCUUAGCCGGCUUGCAGCGGAAGGCAAUGAUCUUUCAAUUCCCGUAGAUCUGAAGGAACAUUGGGCUAAGCACGGGACAAAUCGCUACAUUACAAUCAAAUAGACAAUCAACUAAGGAGAUGACAUAAAUCUCAGGUAUGCCUCGUCAAUUUUCCUUUCUUUCGGCAGUGGGCAGAAUAAAGAUAUGAUCUCAGCCCGACAGCCAUUGGAAGUUACUUGGCGAGGGACACUUAUUAAACUCUGCGUCCUUUUGUAAGUACUUGUAUCAUGUACGGUGAAAUAACUUGCCCGCUGCUGACUGCUCAUGUAUUUGUAGUUUGUAUGAAUGGAAGUGUAAUUAGUGAUAACAUUGGUCAUCUAGUUUUAUUCAAAAAGCAGAACAUUGAUCAUCCAGUGGGUCAUGCUGCUUUGUUUGGGGUCUUGGUUGAUUAUGCUUUCAAAUUAGUAGAUGAUGCUAGUUAGCAGCUGUUAUAUAA